GUGAUUUAAUCCCCACUGGAUUCAAAAAAUGUUGAAUUGCUUAACAAGAUCUGAUGAAUGUUACAUUAGUUUUGCAACAUCCUUGGAUGAGAAUAACCCUCCAGAAAAUGUGUUAGAUAUGAAAGACAACUCGUUUUGGAUAACUACGGGAAUGUUCCCACAAAUGCUGGUAGUGUCACUGGUUCAGCCCGCUAGAAUUAGUAAAAUUAAAGUCUUUUCUAGCAAUAUCAAUAAUCUUUGGAUUGAAACCAGUUCGCAUACAGAAGCAGAAAACUUUGAAUUAAAAUCCGAAUUGUCUUUGCCUUAUUCAGAUGGACAUUUACAAAUCACAGAGCUACCAAUAAAUGACCCCCACCUACGUCAUGUACGAUUAAAUAUCCGAUCAGGUUUUAAUCAUUUUGUUGCUGUGUAUAAAGUAUUAUUUGAGAAAUAAUAUUUAUUUUUAAAAAACAAAUGAUGUUAAUAAUAUAC